UGUUGGCAGUUAUUUAAGUUUCUAUCACAGUGUAUCUAAAUUAAAAAAGGACUGAUUGGAUAAUGUACAGAUAUUGGAAUAGAAAAUUGCCAAUGCAAAGGACAGAAUCAGUUUGCAUUUUUAUCUUUCUCAUCGGCUUAGGACACAUUUAUGGAUACAUUGAAAUUUCAUCAGACAGCAACUACCUCCAACUCAGCACAUUUUGCUUAAACGCUGGUGGAAGAGGUUAUGUAGAGUUUUGGGUCAACGCUUCGACUGAUGUUCAUGUUGCAUUAAUGACCCAAGACCUUUCCACACCACGCGACGAUUGGAGCCAAUUUUAUGAAAUCGUCAUCGGUGGACAGUUGAACCAAAUGUCUUGCAUUCGUGCAUUAAGGAUGACUUGUGAAUGGAUUGAAUCACCAGGAAUAUUAAACAGUGCCGAUUAUGUACAACUGUGGAUCAGCUGGUAUAAUAAUACCAUUCGACUAGGAAAAGGGUCCAGAGCUGAUGACAUUAUAGUUGUCAGUCAUCCCCAGAGCAUUCAGUAUGAUGUCAAUUAUCUUGCAGUGAUGACGCAUUACACUAGUUCGUGGAGAUUCUAUGAAGAUACAGACUGCAGAUUUGAAGAAUUUAACAACACUAAUAUCAUAACAAAUAAGACAAGAUGCAAUGAAGUUACAAAUUACACGUGUGUAAGCGGAUACGAGCUAACCUCCGGUAACCUAAACCGAGUGUGCGGGAUUGGACGACAGUGGAUAGGUGACCCUCCCGUAUGUUCUGCAAUGCCAUUAUGUCCUGAGAAAAUGUCAACCUCUUCAGUCACCGUGUUAAGCCAACACACACAGAUUGGUGGGAUACUGUCGAUGACAUGCGCGCCGCACCAUGCAUUGUUAAUUGGUAACCUAUUGAGAACUUGCCUUCCUAAUGCAACAUGGGAUGGCACGGAGCCUGUUUGUGAAGCUUGCCUAUGUCCGAGCGCAGCUGUGGGAUAUCAGUUUAACUCAACAGACGAGCUUAUCACAAAAAUGGAUGAAAUGAAAAAAGAGCUAAAAGUAGAAAGGGAGAAAACAAACGCCUAUAUCCGGUCCAAGAUCAGUGUUAAAGACAACCGUACCUCCUCCACAAGAAUCGGUUACGUCCUUGGCUGUGGUAUCAUAGGGUCCUUACUGAUGGCUAUAUGUUUGUGUGAUGCCGCACCCCUGUUGCGUCAUAUCAGACAUGGCGUUUAAUGAAUCAAUAAACAUAUAAAUAUCGAUAUAAAUUUGAAUAAUUUCAAACCGAGCACAAACAGAGUUCUUCAGGCUAAAAAACUUCUAAUAGAUGAUCUUAUUUUUUAAGUCCCUUUUACAAAAUUUGAGAAACUCAUUGACUGAGAUUUAUGGGUCUUAACCUGAUCCGAAAACUUUUUUUUUUAACCAAAACGUCAUUCAAGUUUUUUCCAAGUCUUGACCCAUAAAAGCCAGAAUUUGAUUUUGAUAGGUCAUUGAAAAAUUUUACGAUUGUUAAGAGAGUAAAUCUAGUAAAAAAAAAACAUGUAUGAACAAGAUACAGAGUAGAUAAAACAGAAUUUGGUCGUACAUACGAUAUCAUGAGUUGUAAAUUGAAUCGAACGUACGUAAAAAAAUCCCGCGUCGUUAUUACGAGAGACAUAGUCUUAUCAUGAUCGAGAUACUAGUACUACGUCAAUCGUACGAAAUAUUUUCUUUAUCAUUAACUCUUCAGACUUCA